AUGUCUACAGGCCAGGUGCCCCGGCGCAAGUCAUGUGAAGCUUGCAAAUCAGCUAAGCGACGCUGCGACUUGGCCUUUCCGACCUGUUCGAGAUGUCUCCACAGGGGGCUUCCGUGCUUUUAUCCCGGCAGACUGCGUCAGACAUGUGCCGAUGUCGUCGCAAAUAUACCCACAUCCAGGAGCAAUGAACAGCUGAUGGAUGUCUCUCUCUCUCAAAAUUGGACUCCUGAUGAUGCAGCUUCAAUCAGUGCACUGCCCCUCCAUCCCACAAUAAGAGGUUUGCCACCCAGAGAGAUGGCUAUAGAUCCACACGACGGGGUAGAUAUCUUCAGCGGCAUUACGACAUCCCAAGAACACGAUCUAGCCAUGACGAAAGUGAAUCCUCCUAGGCAACUGCCUGAUGUCCUAGCGAAUCGCCUGCAAUUCGCCGUUGAUGUGCUUAAGACUAUCCCCAAGAUGGUUGUCACAGAAAACAAAACACCAUGGGCACAUACCCAACUGUACAAAUCAGGCAUGCCAAGGGAGAUGCAAGACGCAUUCGCUUGCUGCUCGCUUUACAUGACCAAGAACGAUAUAAACUCGUCUGUUCUCAUGUCAAUAUUUGAUUCCAAAAUCAAUGAUCUACUAUCUGCUGCAGCCCCAAAAACGCCUCUAGAGCUCCUGGCCCGAGUCCACGCUCUCAUUCUAUACCUCAUCAUGCGCUUAUUCGACGGGGGCAUCCGCACACAGCCAUCGUCGGAUUCCCUACUGGCACUACUGGAAGCAACAACUUUGUCCCUCUUCAGUCUUAUAUACAUACCAGAUCCAUCCGAGCCUCAUGAUCUACUUCCCAUAGCCAUGGAACCGAUAAUGAGCUUCUGGGAGUCUUGGGUCUUUCAAGAAUCAGCCAGACGGACCGUCAUGAUGGUUUUCUACUUUGUCAAAAUCCAGCACUUUCUACAUGGAAAGCCUCUAUCCACAUGCGAUGGAAAGCUUGGUCUGGAGCAUGCAUGGUACCAGUCCGCACAUUUGUGGAAUGCCCAAAGUGCCUUCGACUUUGCGGUUGCUUGGACAGAGAAUCAGCAUUUUAUUGUUCACAAUGCGGAUUUCUCCGCAGUUCUUCAGCAUGCAACACCGGAUGAUGUGGACUUGUUUGGGAAGAUGCUUCUUGUCACCAAGUUUGGUAUCAACGAGACUAAAGCAUGGUUUUAUUCCAGGGGUGGCUCUUUAUGA